UAAAUCUGUUGCUUCUUUAUUCGAUGGUACUUGUUAGUUCCAUUCUCUUCAUAGGUAUGGUGUCGAAUAUGUUUGUUGUGCAGAUAUGGUAAGGAAGAAGAAGGGGGUGGCAGAUGGCAAUGAGACAUCUAGAGAGUACAACCACUGGGAGCCGAAUCAUGACAAGCCAUUUGUCGAAUGCUUGCUGGAACUAGUAGACCAAGGAAAGAUCGAGGAUGGUCAAUGCAAGAAUGGCGUUUACAAAGAGCUGAAGCGCAUGAUGGAAACGAGGGUACCUGGUUGUGGUAUUAAGGCAAAACCAACCAUAACAACAAGAAUUAGAAAAUUGAAGCAUUGGUUCCAUGCAACGAUGACAAUGAAGAAGGAGAGUGGAUGGGGGUGGCAUACUGUGGAUAACCACGUCAUCGUGCCUAACGAUGUUUGGGAAGUAUAUGUCAAGACUCAUCCAACCUUCAAAAAUUAUAGAGAUACACCAUUUCCAGAGUUUUGGGAUUUGGUGUAUGUGUUUGGUACAGGGCGGGCAACAGGUGAAAUGGGGUUCCAGGGAGCUGAUGGUAACCUCGUAGUCAGUUCUGAUGAUGAUGUCGAGCCCACAGUCCCGUUAUCCCAGAUGAAUACUCCUGUUGUAGAUGAAGAAAUGUUCAAUAUCAUUAAUAAAGGGGUUGAAACAGCUACUACUAAGGCAUCAGGUAAAAGGAAGGUUCCAACAUCAGCUCCAACAAGAAAGAAGAAGAAAUUGAAAACAGAUGAUCUCAUAGAUGAAGCUGCAUCAGAUAUGGUUGGGAUGAGGCCAUUAAUAAGGGAAUCAGUUGAUACAAUUGCUAGGGCCAUGGGUGAGAGUGAGAUGCAUAUAGAAAUGAAGGCAAAUCUUAUGGAUGCCCUAGGACAGAUGGCUGGACUCACAAGGGCACAAAUGGUGUUAGCUUCCAGGAGGCUUUGCAAGGAUCCUAGGGAUUUGAAGUGCUUCUAUGACAUGGAGGAUGAGGAAGACAGGCUCACUCUUGUGCUUGACGUACUUGAGAAGUGAAUGGAGUACUGACAUAUAACGAUAUAUGUAAAUGUGCAUGGUAGAAGAUCAAGACGUUGUCUAGUUUGCAAAGAUUUGUUUGCUUUUUUUGUCUACUGUCAUUGCUUCAGACUUACAAUGACAGUCUUUGCAAACAUAAGAAAACUGUAUUUUGUAA